GACGAGAGUCUCCCGAACAAGGUCACUGUUCUAAGCGAUCUCACUGCCUACAACACCCGCAAUACGGCACCGUAAAAUGAAUAAACCUAACUUAACCGCCGGCGACCUCGUAAGGAAACCGAGUCAUUAUAGGAGCUUUUUCAUGUUUUGCCCAUGGAUGCUGCAGAAGAUACAGAAACACUCAUUGCCCUCGUAUCUAGCCUUUUGACAAUACCUGUUCCGCAUCAAAGUCUUAUUCUUGACUCCCUCGUCCAAUGCAACGGAGACGUUCAAGCUGCUGCUGAUAUCAUAAACAAUACAGAUCGCAAAGACAAGGAAAGACAGAGAACACCCCCAAGUCGAAGAAAACGACGAGCUUUUGACCUCGAUGGCUGGCUAAAACCCUUUUCUAUGGCUGAUAGCAACGCUGAAGGGACACCAGAUCGCAAAAAGCGUGUAAAGGAAGACGUCGACGACGCAC